CAUUUAUUUACUAAAAAAUAUAGAUCUGUAAAUAAAUACACAUAAUAAAUACAGCAUAAAAAUUAAACAAAUUGCAUUUGAACAAAAUAGAGAUGUAAUUUAACAUCCUAAAAUGGUCUAUUAAAAAUAAUAUUACUUUGAGGGUGCACUGAUAAAUAUUGAGCAUGACACUGGGCAUAUUAGCAUAUUUCCGGAUCAGAACAUGAGCAAUAAUGAGCAGGCAUUUUGAGUUACAGAACAGGAUAUAUACAGUUUUGGGUUGUGGUCACAGAAGGGGCAAACUUACUGUAGGAAGUCAACAGAGAUAUAAAGCCCACCAGUAGGUGUUGCAUUAAAACAGACUAUUCAGCUCUCUGGAAAUCACAUAUCUUUUCCAUCUUUAACCAUCACUAUGUUCUGGAACCUCCUCGUUGCUUCUUUCUUCAUAGGCUCAGCCUGUGCAAUGCACAUGGAAUACCUGAGAGUUGACUCUUCUGAGGAACUCCUUGAUGGGACUUUGGAUUCUACUGAUCAGGAUGAGGACUUGGCGAUGUCUGAGACACAGCUACUCCCUGGUGCCUGUUGGGCUUGUCAGUGGGCCAUGAAGAAAGUGAAAAAACAACUUGGCAAUAAUCCAACUGUGGACAUUAUUAAAGCACAAUUGAAGAAAGUCUGCAAUUCAAUCGGAUUCCUUCGAGGUCUCUGCAAGAAAAUGAUUAACAAGUACUUGGAUACCUUGGUGGAGGAACUUUCUACCACAGAUGAUCCAACAACAAUCUGUGGUAAUAUUGGUAUUUGCAAGUCAUUGAGCAUGCUGGAAUUGUUCCAAGCUUUUCCACAACACCACAAGCAGAUCUGAAGGAGAACUCCACGACAAGAAAUUAAUAAAAGAGGAAAUAAUAAAUGUUUGAAAUAUAACAUGCUUUCAAAUCAUGAUAAAUUCAGUGAUUUUGUGCUAAUAAACAUAUUUGAAAUCAACAA